GGUAAUCUUUACAAAAUGGCGACUGUUGUUGUUUUGCCGCAGGGUCACUGAAUAAAUCCGUUUUUCAUCCCUGUAAUAUUCUGCAUCGGUGGGCAGAAACACCCCCCAGCACAGGUCAAGCGCCCUACGGGUCGUCUCCGAGCGGACUGAGAUGAAAGGUAAAGAGCGGUCACCGAUUAAAAAACGCUCCCGGGCCUUGGAUGAUAUUCGAGACCGGGGAGGAUGCAAGAAAAUGGGGGCUCUGUCCGUCUCCAGCGGGAGCAACAACGGGAACAGUUCCGUCAAAAGCGACGGCGGCUCCACGCGACGGAGCCUGCUCGGGGAAAAGAGGGACCGGGACUUCGACGGGCACAGUCGGGCUGGGAACAACCACAGCUGUCAGGCGGCGGCGGCUGGCUCCGUCGGUAAGAACCACAGCCUGAGCCUGACGCUGGAUUUAGCCUCGGCUAGGACCGCCUCGCGGGGGGAGCCGCGCGUGCAGCCGCCGAGCGCCGAGAGUGAGUACAAGACGCUGAAAAUCAGCGACCUGGGCACGCAGCUGAGCGACGAGGACAUCGAGGACGGCCUCUUCCACGAGUUUAAGAAAUUCGGCGACGUGAGCGUGAAGAUCAGCCGCAGCAACGACGAGCGGAUCGCCUUCGUGAAUUUCAGAAAGCCGGAGGACGCGCGAGCCGCGAAGCACGCGCGGGGCCGGCUCGUGCUGUACGACCGGCCGCUGAAGAUCGAGGCCGUGUACAUCAACCGGAGGAGGAGCCGCUCCCCGGUGGAGAGGGAGCUGUACGGCGCGGCCCCGGCGCACAGACACUUGCAGAGACCGCUGUCGCCCACCGGGCUGGGAUACCGGGACUACCGGCUGCAGCAGCUGGCUCUGGGGCGGCUCCCCCCGCCCCCGCCGCCCCCCCUGCCCCGGGACCUGGAACGGGACCGGGAAUUCGCCCUGUUUGAGGCCAGGACUCGUCCGGCUUUCAUCGCAGAGCGGGCCGCUUUCCGCGAGGAGGAUUUUAUAUCACCCGAGGAUGACCAAAGAGCCAACAGGACGUUGUUUUUAGGAAACCUGGACAUUAAUGUGACGGAGGCGGACCUGAGGAGGGCUUUUGACCGCUUUGGGGUCAUAACUGAGGUGGACAUCAAAAGACCAUCGCGUGGACAAACCAGCACAUAUGGAUUUCUUAAAUUUGAGAACCUUGACAUGGCUCACCGUGCUAAGCUCAGCAUGUCUGGCAAAAUAGUGGGCUGCAAUCCAAUAAAGAUAGGCUAUGGAAAAGCAACACCCACCACACGCCUGUGGGUGGGCGGGCUCGGACCCUGGGUUCCAUUACCCGCUCUGGCGAGAGAGUUUGACCGUUUUGGCACCAUAAGGACCAUUGACUACCGGAAGGGGGACACGUGGGCCUACAUUCAGUAUGAGAGUUUGGACGCCUCUCAGGCUGCGUGCACGCACAUGAGGGGCUUCCCGCUGGGAGGCCCAGACAGACGCCUCCGGGUGGACUUCGCAGACACUGAGCAUCGAUACCAGCAGCAGUUCUUGCAGCCUCUCCCGAUCCCACCUUUUGACAUGGUGGCCGAGUCGUUUGUUCACCGCGCCACGCCUGAACCCCUCCGGGUCAGGGAACGGACUCCACCGCCGCUGCACUUCAGGGAGAGAGAGCUCUUUCCCGGGGCCGAGUGGCCCAACCCAGCUAUCCGGGAGCGGGUACGCGCCUCGCCCUUUGAGCCGCUGGAGCAUUUGGAGCGAGAGCGGCGGGCCCGGGAGCCCUGGUCUUUGGAACGAGAGCUGCAGGCACGAGAACCCGCACGGAAGCGGCGGCUGAUGGAGGACGGACGUCAUCUGGACCACUCGCCCGACAGCACAGAAAGGACAGUGAGGCGCAGACACGUGUCUCCGGACGGCAGCCCCGGGGGCAGCAGCAGAGACGGGGGACGCUUCAGUGACUCGGAGCGACCUCUGCGGGGCGAGAGAGCCUCGCCAGUACGAGAACGGCGUGGUAGCAUUGAAAGAAGCGGUGCUGAACGGAGACUGAAAGGCCAGAGCCUCUCUGACAAAGGACCAUCGAGCAGCACCAUUUCGGUUGUUGGAGAGCGCAAGCGCAAAGCCUGCGAAGGCGGUAAAGGGCCGGUCAAGAGAGAACGUUCUGAGAACAGCUCAAAGGGAGGCCCCCCAUCCAAAACGGACAACACGAAACUCGGCCUGGCCUGGCAAGGCAUGCUGCUGCUGAAAAACAGCAACUUUCCAGCCAACAUGCACCUGCUGGAAGGCGACCACAGCGUGGCCAGCGACCUGCUCGUCGAGAGCUCCACGGGGAGGCAGGUGAGCGAGCUCAAGAUCACGCAGCGUCUCCGCCUGGACCAGCCCAAGCUGGACGAGGUGUCCCGUCGCAUCAAGGUGGCCGGCCCCAGCGGCUACGCCAUCCUGCUGGCCGUUCCCGGCGCCACGGAGGAUUCGUCUUCGUCCGACCCGGCGGCCUCCACCCAGCGGCCGCUCCGCAACCUGGUGUCUUACCUCAACCAAAAGCAGGCGGCUGGAGUCAUCAGCCUGCCUGUGGGCGGGAGCCGAGAUAAAGACAACACGGGGGUCCUUCAUGCUUUCCCUCCCUGUGAUUUCUCCCAGCAGUUCCUGGAUUCUUCAGCCAAAGCUCUGGCAAAAAGCGAGGAGGACUAUCUGGUUAUGAUUGUGGUUCGUGGAGCCUCGUAAAAAAAAAAAAAAAAAAAAAAAAAAAAUACACUAAGUUCAAGUUGUAAAAAAAAAGAAUCUGCUGUAUGUCAGUAACUAUUGCAUGCUGUGUUCUGCAUCAAGGGGUACACUAGUAUGGGUCCUUAGUUUUUGUAUGUUGCCAUGUAAUCCACUGAAAGGACAAACAGCCCUCCGAUAAAACUAAACAGGUCACGUGUUUUUGGACGUACUUUUCAAAAGGUCAAUGAUUUGCAAAAAAAAACGUUUCCGACAGAUAUCCGUUAAAAGGUUCAGUACACAGAGAAAUGUGUAGGAGUUAAAGUCGACAUUUCACUGCGUUUUAUGUUACUGUUUUUACAAAAAAAAAAAAAAAAAGGUUUUCAAGUUUCACCACAAACAUAAGAAACAAAGGAGCUCGGAUUG